AUGUAAAACUAGGAUUUUGACAUCGAAAGUCUAUCUUAAAACCUUGUAGGGAUUUCAAAUGAAAAUUAAUAGCUAAUAAAGGAUGUAUAAAAUAUUUUGAGAAAUGAAAUUGUGGAUGAAGAUGGAUUGAUUAAGUUGUGCCAAUAAGGAUUCACAAAUUAAACUAGUAGAUUGAGAGGAAUAGUUUGGAGAUUGUUGUUGGGGUAAAUAAUUUACUUGUUGAAGGUAUUUCCCUUUGAAUAGAAAGUAUUGGACUUAAGUGAUCAUUAAAAAUAAAGAUAAUUACAAUAAUAUUAAAAUAGAAAAUAUUAAGAAAGCUCCUCCUCAAAAUAAGAAUGAUCAUCCUCUAUCUAGAAAUACAGAUUCUGAUUGGAAUAAUCAUUUUUAGGAUUAAUAAUUAUGGUCUAAAAUCUAGAAGGAUGUAAUUAGAACAAGAGUGAAAGAAUUGGGAAAAGAGGAUUAUAGAGAAAUGUUAAAUAGGAUUUUAUUUUUGUGUUGUAAAUUAAAUAAAAUGGAUUAUGUCUAAGGAAUGAAUGAAUUUGCUGCAUUAAUGUAAUGCUAAAUAGAUUUAGUCUGUAUAUGUGUAUGAGUGAUCCAAAUGAGAAAUUACAGAAUGAGAGUGAUGCAUUUUACUGUUUUAUGAUAUUGAUGACAAAUUUGAAAAAUAACUUUUAGCUUUAAAAGGAAAAAGUAAGGGCAUUUUAGGAUUUAUUAAAGAAAGUAGAUUGGAAAUUACAUGAUCAUUUAGUAAAUUAAAAGAUGGAUUUUUCUAUCUUAUAUGUAAAAUGGUUUAUGAUUUUGUUUGCGUAAGAUUUUCAUAUAGAUGAUUCUUUACGAAUUUGGGAUUGUUUAUUUUGUUAGAAAAACAAUAGAGAAGAAUUUUUAUAUUGCUUAGCUAUUUCAUUUUUGAUUUAAUUAAGGGAAGAAUUAAUUGUAGGAGAUUUUGGAUAAAUAUUAUUGAUUUUGCAAAAUUUAGAGAAAUAAGAUAUCAAUUUAAGUGAAGUAAUUUAAAGAGCACAUCUCUUAUAGAAAGAACAAAAAAAAUGUUGA